CACGGGAAUCACUCGAUCCAAAAUCCACCCAUGUUUAUAGGUAAACAACCCCCAGAAUAUCUAUCGGCUGCUGGCACCGAGCGUAACCCGGAUGAGUCAAGUUCAAUGACGAAAUGCCAGCAAAGUGUUGGCCCAAAAAACAGUGUACUUAAUUGUGAAAAUUGGCAAUCGCCAGCAGUGCGGAAAAUUGAAGCCCCUCCAGUCACAUUUUUAUAAAUUGCAAGUGCUAGGCAUCAGAAUUGUUAGUUUGCAAUCGAAUCUCGAGCAAAAUGUCGCACCAAUCCUGCUAUCUCUUCCUGAUCUCCAUUGCAGUCCUGCUAGCACUUGGAUCUGCCCAGUACUACACUCAAUACAAUCCUUACUACACUCCGAGUCCCACGUUUUCCAGCCUGAACAACUAUUACUAUCAGACCACGCCGUAUCCCUACUACUACAGCACGUAUACGACCCCGAGUCCCUACACCAACAACCAGAUCAGAAUCUGGCCCUAUGUGAUCGGGCAGUAUCUAUAUCCCACGUACUACAACAACAACUACUACAAUCCUUAUGCCUCGCUCAGCAAUUCCAAUUGGCAACAGUACUAUGCGAGUAUUUACGGAUCGAGUUUGGGAAAGAAGUGAUCCCAAAAUAUGAAG